GGAGCCCCCGGAGCAUGAGGGGACGCGGGGACAUGGCCCCUGGGGGCUGCAAUGGGGGCACCAAUGGGGGCACCAAUGGGGACAUCAAUGGGGACAUCAAUGGGGGCAUCAUCUCCAAUGAAGACCUUGUCCAUGGGGGCAUCUUCAAUGGGGACAUCUUCAAUGGAGGCAUCUCCAAUGGAGGUAUCUCUAAUGGGGACAUCAAUGGGGGCAUCUCCAAUGAGGACAUCUUCAAUGGAGGCAUCAAUGGGGACAUCUGCAAUGGGGACAUCUGCAAUGGGGGCAUCUUCAAUGGAGUUAUCUCCAAUGGGGGCACCAAAGAGGGGAUCGUCUCCAAUGAAGACCUUGUCGAUGGGGGCAUCUUCAAUGGGAGCAUCUUCAAUGGGGACAUCUCCAAUGGGGGCACCAAAGAGGGGAUCGUCUCCAAUGAAGACCUUGUCCAUGGGGACAUCUUCAAUGGGGACAUCUCCAAUGGGGGCACCAAUGGGGGCAUCAUCUCCAAUGAAGACCUUGCCCGUGGUGGCAUCUCUAAUGGGGGCAUCGUCACCAAUAGUGGCAUCUCCAACGGGAGCACUUCCAAUGAGGACACCUUCAAUGGGGACACCUUCAAUGGGGACAUCUCCAAUGGGGACACCUUCAAUGGGGACACCUUCAAUGGGGACAUCUCCAAUGAAGACCUUGCCCAUGGUGGCAUCGCCAAUGGGAGCAUCUCUCCUGACAAUGACAUUGCCCACGGUGGUGGCGUUGCCCAUGGGGGCAUCUCAGCUGGUGGCAUCUCACGUGAAGACCUUCUCCAUGGGGGCAUCUCCCAUGGGGACAUCUCCAAUGGGGGCAUCUCCAAUGGGGGCAUCUCUCUGAAGAGUGACAUGUCCCACAGUGGUGGCACGUCCCACAGCCGUGGUGGCACCCACAGCAGUGGCAUCUCCCAUAGCGGCAUCUCCAAUGGGGGCAUCUCCCAUAGCAGCAUCUCCAGUGGUUGUGGCAUCUCCAAUGGGGGCAUCUCCCAUAAUGGCAUCUCCAAUGGUUGUGGCAUCUUCAAUGGGGGCAUCUCCAAUGGGGGCACCUCCAACAGUUGCAUCUCCCAUGAUGGUACCUCCAACAGUGGGAUCUCCAAUGGAGGCAUCUCCAAUGGUGGUGGCAUCUCCAAUGGUUGCAUCUCCAAUGGGGGCACCUCCAACAGUUGCAUCUCCCAUGAUGACACCUCCAACAGUGGGAUCUCCAGUGGUGGCAUCUCCAAUGGUGGUGGCAUCUCCAAUGGUGGCAUCUCCAAUGGUUGCAUCUCCAACGGGGGCACCUCCAACGGUGGCCCCUCCAACAGUGGCACCUCCAAUGGUGGCACCUCCCAUGGUGCCACCUCAACCAGAGGCACCCCCAACGGUGCCACCAUCUCCCCCCUCUUCCUCCUCCACCUCUCCCACCACCCCCGGUGGCCCUUCCACCACCUCCUCCUCCUCCUCCUCCUCCUCCUCCUCCUCUUCCUCCCCUUGCCCCCAACCCACGGAGCCACCUUCAAGGUCGGGGUGAUGGGUCCUUGGUCCUGCGACCCCAUCCUGGCCCGCGCCCACCCGGAGCUUGCUUCUCGCUUGGCCACCACCCGCCUCAACCGGGACCCGACCUUCAACCAGCCCUAUUGGUGGGACCCCUUGGUGCUGCCCGAAGCCUGUGAGACCCCUCAGGCCAUGCUGGGGCUCCUCAACGUGGACCGUUACGUGUCCUCCUUGGUGGGACCCCUCAACCCGGGGAGCUGCGGAGCCGCCGCGCUGCUCAUGGCCGCCUGGAACAAGCCCUUGGUGGCCUGGAGCUGCUUCGGGGCUCCGGAGGGAGCCGGCACGUUGGUGCCCCCCAUGCCGGGGGCCGCCGAGGUGCUUCACGCCGUGCUCAGGGCCUUCCGCUGGGCGCACGUGGCCGUGGUGGCCGCCCCGCAGGACCUGUGGAGGGAGGUGGCCCAAGGGGUGGCCCAGGAGCUGCGGGCGCGGGGGCUGCCCGUCACCGUGGUCACCGCGGCCGGCGCCGAGGAGGAGGAGGCCAGGGAGGCGCUGAGGAGGGUGAAGAAGGCCGAUGGUGUGAGAGUGGUGCUGAUGUGCAUGCACUCCGUGCUGCUGGGCGGCGAGGAGCAGAAGGUUCUCCUGGAGACGGCCGAGGAGAUGGGCAUGGCCGACGGCACCUACGUCUUCAUCCCCUACGACACCCUGACCUUCCCCCUGCCCUACCAGAGCGUGUCCUACCCCGGCCUGGCCAACAGCACCCGCCUGCGCCGCGCGCACGACGCCGUCCUCACCAUCACCAUGGACUCACCGCAGGGCUCCUUCCACCAGGCCCUGCUCCAGGCCCAGGAGGCCAGGGAGGUCCCGGCACACAUCGAUCCCAUGCAGGUCCACCCUCUCUUCGCCACCAUCUACAACUCCAUCCACUUCCUGGCGGCGGCGGUGGAGGCCACGCGCCGCUCGGGCCGCUGGGUGAUGGGCACCAGCGUGGCCCAGAGCGCCCACGACCUCCACGUGGACGGCUUCUGCCAACGCUUCUCCAUCGGCCACGACGGGGCCGUCACCGUCCCCUACGUGGUGCUGGACACCGACGGCAAAGGAGACCGGUUGUGGCCGGUCUAUGGGCUGGAGCCGGGGACGCGCGGCCUGAGCCAAAGGGACCACGUCACCCAUUGGCCGCGCAGCUCCAGCCCCGGCACCGACGCGGGGUGUUGGUUCGAGACGGGCUCCAUCUGUAACGGGGGGAUGGACGCCACCAUCGUCCUCCUCAUGUUGUUCCUCAUCUGCGCCCUGGUCGCGGCCGGCGCUGCCCUCGCCUGCUUCAUCAGGCGCCGCAUCCAACAGGCCCAGCUCAUGAAGGGCCCCAAUAAGAUCAUCCUCACCAUGGAGGACCUGACCUUCAUCAACAUCCAGAGCUGCAAGCAGGUCGAUGGCAGCAGGGCCAGCCUGGCCGGCCGAAGCAGUGGUGACACCAAGAGCAUCAAGAGCGUCACAGCAGCCCCGGACACCACCAACGUGGCCAUUGCUGAGGGAGAUGAGAAUCUGAGGGCCCACAACCACCUCCCCCUGCUCCUCCUUUUGUUUAACCAGCAGGGCCUUGUCGCCUCCGUGCAGGGUGACUGGGUCUGGCUGAAGAAGUUCCCUGGAGACCAGCACAGUGAGGUGAAACCAGCCACCAAGCUGGCCUUCUGCAAGCUGCGGGACCUGCGCCAUGAGAACGUCAACCUCUUCUUGGGCUUCUUCCACGACUGCGGCAUCUUCGCCAUCGUGUCGGAGCACUGCUCGCGGGGCAGCCUGGAGGACCUCCUGCGCAACGAGGACAUGAAGCUCGACUGGAUGUUCAAGUCCUCCCUCCUCAUCGACCUCAUCAAGGGCGUCCGCUACCUCCACCACCGCGACGUGGUCCACGGGCGCCUCAAGUCCCGUAACUGCGUGGUGGACGGGCGCUUCGUCCUCAAGGUCACCGACCACGGCUACAACGAGCUCCUGGAGGCCCAGCGGGUGACAACCCCUCCCCUCCAGCCACAGGAGCGCCUCUGGACCGCGCCGGAGCUGCUGCGGGACGCGGCCCUGGAGCGCCGCGGCUCCUUCCGGGGCGAUGUCUAUGGCAUCGGCAUCAUCAUGCAGGAGGUCAUCUGCCGCAGCGGGCCCUACUGCAUGCUGGGCCUGCCCCCUGAAGAGAUCAUCGAGAAGGUGCGGAAGCCGCCCCCCUUGUGCCGCCCGGCCGUGUCGGCCGACCAGGCCCCACUGGAGUGCAUCCACCUCAUGAAGGAGUGCUGGAGCGAGCAACCGGAGAAGAGACCCACCAUCGACCAGAUCUUCGACCAGUUCAAGAGCAUCAACAAGGGCAGGAAGACCAACAUCAUCGACUCCAUGCUGCGGAUGCUGGAGCAAUAUUCCAGCAACCUGGAAGACCUCAUCCGGGAGCGCACCGAGGAGCUGGAGCUCGAGAAGCAGAAGACGGACAAACUCCUCACCCAGAUGCUGCCCCCGUCGGUGGCCGAAGCCCUGAAGAUGGGGACCCCGGUGGAGCCCGAGUACUUCGAGGAGGUGACCCUUUACUUCAGCGACAUCGUGGGCUUCACCACCAUCUCCGCCAUGAGCGAGCCCAUCGAGGUGGUGGAUCUCCUCAACGACCUCUACACCCUCUUCGACGCCAUCAUCGGCUCCCAUGAUGUCUACAAGGUGGAGACCAUCGGAGAUGCCUACAUGGUGGCCUCGGGGCUGCCCAAGCGCAACGGGAACCGGCACGCCGGGGAGAUCGCCAACAUGUCCCUGGACAUCCUCAGCUCCGUUGGGACCUUCAAGAUGCGGCACAUGCCCGAGGUGCCCGUUCGCAUCCGCAUCGGCCUCCACUCGGGCCCCUGUGUCGCCGGCGUCGUGGGUCUCACCAUGCCCCGCUACUGCCUCUUCGGUGACACGGUCAACACGGCGUCACGUAUGGAGUCCACGGGCCUACCCUAUCGGAUCCACGUCAAUGCGCGCACGGUGGCCAUCUUGCAGGCGCUGCAGGAGGGCUUCAAGCUGGACAUCAGGGGCAAGACCGAGCUCAAGGGGAAGGGCGUGGAGGACACCUAUUGGCUGGUGGGACGCGAGGGCUUCACCAAACCCAUCCCCACCCCCCCCCGACCUCCUGCCUGGCGCCAGCAACCACGGGAUCAGCCUGGACGAGAUCCCGGCCGAGAGGAGGAAGAAGCUGGAGAAGGCUCGGCCAGGGCAGGUGCCCAAAUAGCCCAGGGCAUGACGGGACAGCAAACGCAACGCGCUGAUUGGUCCACCCAGCCGCCCGCUGACGUCACAUGAAGGCGACGGGAGAGCCGCCGCAUGGCGGCGCGCUAAGGCCACGGUGGCGGCGGCCAUGUUGGAUUGGCGGCUGAUGGCGGCAGCCAUGUUGGGCGGCCGCUCUUAAAGGGGCAACGGCUCCUGAUCCCCAUGUGGGUCUCCCCCCCCCCCCCCAUUUAAAGGGUCCCCGUCCCCGUGUGGUGUCCGCGUGUCCGUCCGUGUCCCGUUGGGAAUGUGGCGGCCAUUUUGUGCUGGAGCUCAGGAAUAUCCAUCCGUAGACACAAAGAA